GGCGCUGCUGGGACAAGAUUUGCUGCCGGGAAACGCUUCUCGGUGCCCGAAUAUCUCGAGACAUCAAGGAGGACGUUGUCUCGAGGAAAACAGGCGACCUGGUUGUGUGUGUGCUUGUUUUGGAGUGGUCAGCACGCUAAAAGCUGCCGGUGUACGGCGGAAGUCGUCAGCUUCUUAGCAAAUGCAGCGAAAUCUGGCAGCUGGAGUCGUGCCAGCUGGGUUUCAGGCAAGCCGGAGAAUUCAGUCAGCAGCUUGAUCCCAUCCAAAAAAAAGGCUUGGGGAGUCAUAGCAGCGCAGUGAGCCUUUGCCGAGGCAGCAAAGGCUACGAAGAGAUACUACAGCACCGAAUUCACGUGUGUGCUCCCCGUGCGGGUGCACCCUCCUUGCCUGCCAUGGAGGGUGCAGCUCAGACCCAUCAAAGGCUUUCAGCGGCUGCCUCACCUGCAAGGAGCAGGCCAGUGGAACGUCUACCUUCAGUGGUAGCAGGGAAAGAGGUAGUUGGCAGGAAGCUUGCCAUCUGGAAGAACAGAAUGGGAGAGUGGGUCAAUGGCAAGCUGGUGGAAUUUGACAUGGCCAGUGGGCAGCACAAGGUGCGCUAUGAGGAGCGCGGGUCGCGGGACGAGGAGUGGCUGAGCCUGUCAAAGUGCAGGUUUGCCUGGCAGGCAGACCUGCCCGCGGGUAGCCACCCAAAUCCCACAUUUGUGCCCGGCCUGACGCCCUCGGGGCAUGAUGCUGUGGACCAUAAGGUGAAGGUGUUCUGGCCGGGGAUGGGCAAGUGGUACGCAGGCAAGGUCGCGGCCUACGACGGCCGCUCAGCCAAGCACACCAUCCUGUACAAGGACGGCGACGUGCAGAAGCUGACGCUGCGCCACGAGGCAGUUGUGUGGCCAGACGUGCCCGGCCUCGACGGCCGCGGGCUGGCCGCGCGGCAGGCCGGUGAAGCCGACGCUCCGGAGGGUGUGAGGGGUGGAUCCCCGGGAGCGGAGCGGCAGAGGAGAGGACCGGCGGAGGCAGAGCAGGGCAGCAGCAGCACGGGGGCGCGCAAGGCGGACGCCAAGAGGGAUGCUGCCUCGGAGCCGCAGGGGCCGGCGUGCAAGAGGGCGCGCCGCUUGAGACAGGACGGCGGCGCCGCCCCGGCCAAGCCUGCCGACAGCAACUGCUCCGACGCGCUCUCGCAGGACUUCUCGCAGCAGAACGGUGGCAACCACCAUUUGGCGCGCAACGGCCGGGGGGCGGCCGCCUCGCACCCGGAGAGCCACCCCUCGGGUUCACCCUCGGGCGGGUUUGUCAGCACGGAGCCUGCCGCCACCCACUUCACUUCCACUGGUGGGCAGCGCUCUGGGGAAGGUCACCAAGCUUCUGGCAGCGCCGCAGACCACACAGAGAAGGGGAUGAAUGGCGGCAGAGCAACACCUGCCACCUCCAGCUCGGCAGCAGAGGCUGAGGUGGAGAUUGUGGGCCGGCCUGCCCAUGCGCAGAGCACCUUCCAUGGAGGACGCGGCGGCCGGGGCCGGGGGCGCGGCCGGGGCGGCCGAGGGCGCGGCGGCGGGCCGGCAACGCCCCGGGACGGCCAGCCGGACAUCACGCACGCACUGGAAGCCGUGGUAGGCUCCAGGGUUGGCGUGUGGUGGUCUGAGGACGAGGCCUUCUACAAGGGAGAGAUCUUGGCGUUUGACUCGUACCACAAGCGCAACAAGAUCUUGUACGAUGAUGGGGAGGAGGAGUGGGUGGCGCUGCAGCGGGAACUCUUCUCCUGGCUCACUCCCCGGGCGCUUGCGGCAGGUGCAACCCCGGAGCUGGCAUCCGCCAUGCGCCUCUUGGGCGCCCGCAACGCAGGGGCCGCGCCGCCGGUUGCUGAUGUGGGCAGCCCAUCUGUAGUGGAGAUCCUUCCGCAGGCGCCUCUUCAAACGCUGGCCCCAGCGCCUCUUCAGGCAGUGCUGGCUGCUACCGCUGCGCUGCCGGCCGGCCCCCUGGCGGCGGGUGCAUCCGCGGCCGGCCCGCAAGGCUCGGCGGCUGUGGGCUGGCGAGUGUCUCUGCCGUUUGCAGGCGAUGGCACGGUGCACCGCGGGGAGAUCUUGGCGUUCAAGGAGGAGAGCGGGCAGCACCAGGUGUUCUACGAGGAUGGCGAGGACGAGUGGGUCGACCUGGCAGCGCAGAAGGUGGACUCCUGGCAGGAGCCCGUCCGCGGCGUUGUCACCGCCCCGGGCCUCCCUGAAGGCACGGCGCUGCCUAAGGGGCGCGCCGCGAUUGGCUGGCGCAUCGGCGUGUACUGGCGUGACGAUGCCGUCUUCUACCCUGCCGAGAUCCUCGGGUUUGACACCGGCACCGGCCGCCACCAGGUCCUCUACGAUGAUGGCGAGGAGGAGAUGGUGAGCCUGACGACGGAGAAGGUGAAGUGGCUACUGCCGCCGGGGGUGCGCGGCACCGCCGACAGCAGCGACGAGGACUCGGAGGACUCCGAGGAGGAUUCAAGCGAGGAGGAGGAGGAGGAACGCCCUCGCAGGCGCUCCUCCCGCCGCCGCGGCCGCGCCCGGGCCGGCCCCGGCAAACGCCGCGUCGGCCGCCGGCCGCAGCGAUCGCCCUCCUACGAGCCCUCGGAGAGGCGCAUGCGCUUCGAUGGGCCGCACUGCCACCAGCCGACGCGCUUUGGCCCCACCACCCACACGCCCCCAAUAUCCCCAACCUUUGCGCGAAAGGCCACUGCGCACGGCUCGCUGUGUCUGUACCCGGAGGACACACCAGACGGCGUCAUACCGCAGUCGUUCGUGGCGCUGGCCCCGCCGAUCCUGGUGCCGCGGCGCGGCGCGAACCGGGAGCCGGUGCUGACGCGCGACGUCUCUGCCGAGCGGGGGGUCCGCCUCCCCAACGGCACGCGCCUGCGCAUCACCCGCAUCAACAUCUUCCUGAGUGAGGAGGACGGAGGGGACACCGCCAGAGAUGCUCCCGCGGCAGCUGCCGCGCAGCCGUCCCCGGCGGCGGCCGACGAUGCGGCGCCGGGAAACGGCCCGGAAAUAAGCGGCGCGCCGGGGAAGCCGGCCGCUGGGGGCAAUAAGGCGUGCGAGCUGCGGGACGUGCUGGCGCGCGUGGCGACGGCCGAAGCGUGCAUAGCGCAGCAGGCCAGCCAGGAGUACCCGAUGGCGCAUGAGGCCAGCGAGGAUGGCACCACUGGCCAGUUUGCCGCAGGCCGGCAGUUUUUGGCGCAGGGCUCCUUUGCAGGUCACACCUCAGCGGCUGAGAGCGAGCAUGCAAGUAAGGGCAACACAGUGGCCUCACCCUUCCCGCCCACCCCCAUGAGCGCCGUGUCACUGCCUGGACCGGACGCCACUCCCGCCUCAACAGCUACUCCUGACUCCGCGACACCUGGCACCGGCGGCUCCGAGAAGUGGGCGGCGACCUCGGCAGGUCAGGCGGUGAUCUCAGCGAGCGCACUGUGGAGCACGCUGGUGCGGCCGCAAUCGCCCUUCGGCCUGCCCACCAGCCAGGACGGCCUGCCCGGCCCCGGCACCGACUCCUACGCCGCCAUGGCAGCCGAGGGCACCGGCUGCGCGCUGUCCAACGGCAGUAACGGCCAUGUGACGUCGCCGGUGGACUCGCCGAUGGAUGAGGACCGCACGGUGCCGGAUAUCCACCGCAGCGCAGUAGGGAGCGCUGACGCAGACGCGGCCCUGCACGACGGGCAGCUGGCGCUGCCUAACGGGCACAAGCCGCACGCGCUGCUCACGGCCAGUGCGGCGGCGGCGGUGCACAAGAGCGGCAGCUUCGGCAUCCCGGAGACGCCCUCGCUCGGAGGCGAGCUGCGCGGCGGCUUCAGCCUGCCGCAGCGCCUCAACUCCCUCCAGAUGCAGGGCAAGUGCACAAGCAACGGUGGCGAUCCGGCGUUGGUGAAUCCUCAGCAAGGGGAUCCGCCGCGCACAUGCCAUGGAGAGAUCGAGGCUGCGCGAGAGGGGGUCACUGUUGUGCAGUGAGAGCAGCAAUUCUUCCGCGGUGCAGCAACAUCCGGACGUGAGCUGGAUAAGGUGAAAAGACACGCAGCUUGAGCAAGGCUGAAAAGAUGUAACUAUCACAGAAGUCUUGCGUCAAUUGAAAGGCGAUUCCAGUCAGCCGUCAGUGGAUGUUUUAGCUCGCAACCUGGGAUGGCAAAAGGGCUGGACACAAAUGCAGCGCUCGAUUAAACCUUGGGACCCUCGUGUACAUUUUCUAGAGU